AUGUACGCGCAGGGGCUGCCGGGGCUGGUGGUGCUGCUGCUGGUCACCUCGCUGCCGGCCGGUCACCCCACGCCACCGGCCGGUCCCCCGGCCCUACGGAGCGGUUUGGGUAGUCCUUCUUCGUGCCGGCUGUCCCGGACCGAGUCGGAGCUCCGGUGCCGCAUCCCGGGGGGGAAGCUGUGCAGUGACAGAGGCAGAUGCGAAUGUGGAGUCUGCAUCUGCCAAGUGACAGAGUCCGGCAAAUACUACGGUCCGCUCUGCGAGUGCCACGACUGGGUGUGCGAGAUCUACGAUGGGAAGAUCUGUGCAGGCCAUGGGAAGUGUGACUGUGGGAAGUGCAAAUGUGAUGAAGGCUGGUAUGGUGAAGCUUGUCAGUAUCCAACUACUUGCAAUCUUACACGGAAGAAAAGCAAUGAAAUGUGCAAGAAUUCUCAAGAUAUCAUCUGUUCUGGUGCAGGCACAUGUCAGUGUGGCAGGUGUAAAUGUGCAAACUCAGAAGGAAAUGGCCUGGUCUAUGGUAAAUUUUGUGAAUGUGAUGACAGAGAAUGCAUAGAUGAUGAGACGGAAGAGAUUUGUACAGGCCAUGGAAAGUGUUACUGUGGAAACUGUUACUGUGAGGCUGGUUGGCAUGGAGAUAAAUGUGAAUUCCAGUGUGACAUCACCCCCUGGGAGAUCAAGAAGAGAUGCACAUCUCCAGAUGGCAAAAUCUGCAGCAACAGAGGCACAUGUGUAUGUGGGGAAUGCACAUGCCAUGAUGUGGACCCAACUGGUGACUGGGGAGAUAUUCAUGGAGAUACUUGUGAGUGUGAUGAAAGAAACUGCAAAGCAGUGUAUGAUAGAUAUUCUGAUGACUUCUGUUCAGGUCAUGGACAGUGUAAUUGUGGAAGAUGUGACUGUAAAGAAGGAUGGACUGGGAAGAAGUGUGAACAUCCACAUUCUUGUCCAUUGUCAGUUGAGGAGAGUGCUAAGAAAUGUCAAGGAAAUUCUGAUUUACCUUGCUCUGGAAGAGGGAGAUGUGAAUGUGGCCAAUGCACUUGUUUCCCUCCAGGGGACAACAGAGUUCAUGGCAAAAACUGUGAAUGCGACGAUCGACAGUGUGAAAAUGCGGACGGUGAUGUCUGUGGGGGCCAUGGUACCUGCUCAUGCGGCCGAUGCAUUUGCCAGGACGGGUGGUUUGGAAAGUUGUGCCAGCAUUCAAGGAAGUGCAACAUGACGGAGGAGGAGAGCAGAAGUCUCUGCGAGUCAGCGGAUGGCAUAUUAUGCUCGGGGAAGGGUUCCUGCCACUGUGGAAAGUGCAUCUGUUCACCACAGGAAUGGUACAUUUCGGGCGAUCUCUGUGAAUGCGAUGACAGAGACUGUGACAAACACGACGGUCUCAUUUGCACAGGCAACGGUGUUUGCAGCUGUGGAAACUGUGAGUGCUGGGAAGGAUGGAAUGGAAACGCUUGUGAAAUCUGGCUGGGGAGAGAAUAUCCUUAA